AUGAAGCAAGAAUUCAUAGCGUUUAAGGAGUUGCUCAAACAUCUUGUAUCUCGUAUUGGAACGUCAGAAAGUCAGCACAUCCACUACUGUGAAACGGUCACUCGGGGUUCCACACACCCAUCCCUCUCCUUGCUGCAGUGCCUGUGCAAGUUCCAGAAGAUGCCGAGGAUCCUUCAGAGGCUGUUCAGUGCCACAGCUCUUCAGAGCCAAAAAGAUAUUUGCAAAUUCCAGGGAGGCAAAAAGAAAUGUAAAAAAAGCCAGGAGCCUGGAACGCCCUCCGGUUCUCAUGUGGGUGGCAGGGGCCCAGCUGACGGUUUAACCCUCCUGGGCCACAACGCCCGCCUCGGGCUCAUUAAUAAGGUUACUGAGAAGAACCUAAAGCAACAACCGCCAACCGCAGCCAGUGCCUGCUCGCGCUUCCAGCCGCGGAGCCUCGGGCCAUUCCCUGGGGCUUGCUUACUUUCCUUGCUGGUAUUUACUGAGCCACCUCUGCAGGGUCACAUGCUGCCUCCCGGGGGCCACGUUCAGACGUCAGUGGAGGGAAGCUGCCUGGCCAGGAACGCGUCUCCAGGCUGGACCUCGGAGUCUCCAUCUGGAACGGGGGACCUCCAACCCAUGCAGAUGCCAGCAGCCUCAGGAGACGGUCUUGGCAAUGAGAUGGAGAUGACAGCGCCUGAGACCUGAGCUCACCCCUGGCUUCCGGAUCACCUCCCAGUGAGUCCUUCCCGGUGUCUGAGCUUCCACUUCCUCCUCUGGUGCGGACCCCUC